CAAAAUAGAUGAGAUAUAGUUUCAUUGUAAUUUAGUUUUACUGUUCAGUCGGCUUGUCAAUAGCACCGUGACGUACAGGAACAAACUUUAAGAGGAGAAAUUUCAAAUCUUAGGAACAAAGAAGCUUGCAGUUUUAAAGAAGACGAAGGGAGUCGAUCAUAAAAUGGGUUACCCCAGCAUCGCAUACCUUGUCUUUGUCGUCGUCAUUUUACCCUGGGUUGAAGGCCAGUUUCCCAGAGUCUGUACUGACCGGGACAGCCUGAGAGACAAGAAAUGUUGUCCUGUCCCCAAAGGCUUCACCACACUAUGUGGCUGCGAUGGAGACAGAGGAAAGUGCCAGGAAUUGACCAUUCGUGAUUGGACAUUCAAGUACAGCCAUUACCGACCGUUCCAGAUGGAGGACGAGAGACACAACUGGCCGCGUGCUCUUUACAAUAAAGUCUGCAUAUGCAAUGCAAACUAUGCAGGUUACGAUUGCAGCAAAUGCGCGUUUGGUUACUAUGGCAAGAACUGCACGCAGAAGAAAAAUUUGAUACGAAGAAAUUUUCUGAACCUGACAGCCGAGGAGAAAGAUCGAUUCAUGAGAUACGUUAACAUGUCCAAGCACUAUGUAAGUGACUUCGUGGUUACGUCUACUCCUUACAAGGAGAUAAGCAAAACCGUUAUGGAGGGUGGCGACCCAAAGUCCUACUUUUAUAAUGUCACUAACUAUGACCUGUUCACGUGGAUGCAUUACUAUGCGGCAAGUGACACCAUUUUACCUCAUGAUGUCACUGAAUCUGAUAUCGAAUUCGCACACGAUGGUCAGGGAUUUCCCUCAUGGCAUCGGUUGUACUUGUUGGCAUGGGAGAGAGCCUUGCAGGAAAUUGGAGGAGAUGAAGAAUUUGCCCUUCCUUUCUGGGACUGGACUGGGAAUCCCACUCAAUGCGACCCUACAAUUUGCUCUGAAGAGCUCCUUGGUGUAACAAACCAAACUACUGGCAUCGUGAGAGGCAAAUACUUGGAUAAAUGGUACGUCCUUUGCACCAGAGAACAAACCAAUGACCUAAAAAAGCCGUGUGAGCCUAACAUAACAAGAGCUGGAUUGAAACGGGACACAGAUGAUGAGAAGGAGAAGAAAGUGAAGGAACAAGGAUAUACUAUGACAUUUCCAACAAAAACAGAAGUUAACUUUGCGCUCCGUUUUGAAACCUUCGACUUCCCACCCUACAACAAAGAGUCUAGCUGCAAUUUUAAAAACAUCCUAGAGGGUUAUGUUAGCACCAAAACUGGUUUUCGCCUUCCUAACGUCCACGGCUUGCACAACCGGGUCCACAUAGUUGUUGGAGGAGAAAUGGGGGACGUACCUUCAGCAUCAAACGACCCGAUCUUUCUUCUUCAUCACGCGUUUGUGGAUCGUAUCUAUGAAAAAUGGUUGCGGAAGUUUAAGAAGGAUGCGAAUGUGCUAUCUACUUACGAUGCACCCAUUGGUCACAACAGAGAUGACGUCAUUGUGCCGUUGUUUCCGGUUUACACUCACCAACAGAUGUUCAAGAAGUCUUUCGAGUUCGGUUAUGAUUACCAAGACGUCGAUGAAAAAGGCAGGUCUCCUGAUGACGAGAAAGAAGAUGAAUCAAAGUCUUUGGGAGAUUGUCCACAGCCUGACUGUUACCCUAACCUUCCUAAAUCUGCAGCGCCUGGAAAGCUAAUGUGUUGGUGGCUGAUGUCAGUCAUGUUAGUAUGGCAGCUAUUGUUGGCUGAUUGAAGAUAGAAAGUGGAGAGAAUUAGCUUGCUUUAGGCUCUUUAGGAAGUGGAGAUGCGUGAAAUAGAGGUGUGUGGGGGGGGGGGGGUAAACCAGGAAGCAAACAACACAGCGGUCAAACGUCGGUUGUGCGUGAGGGGAUCAAUUCUGGCAGGCCCGUCACCAUUUUCCUGCGGAAAAUUUCAUAGAAAAACAUGAAAAACAUGAAAAACAGCCCCUGUCUCGAAAAAUAAGCGAAAGAAAAUUGAAACGUGCAUCGUUAUAUGUAGAAGGAAUAAAAGAAGGGAAAGAGAAAACUCGACAAUUUUCGAACACGAAGCUUAUUCAAGUACGGGUAUCCUUUUGAUUGACCUUUCCGUUUCAAUUCUUAACAAAAACAAAGACGAUAGCAAAACACCUCGACUCACUUGUAUGUUAGGCUGUGUGUAACUCGUUUCUGACAGCACUCCACUUAUUAAUUAUAACCUGCACACAUGUACAAACGUUGAACCGCUGUGUUGAAGCAAGCGAGCCGCGGCAAUUGCGGUUACAAGGGAGACGUCUGCAGAUUACGUCCGCUUGUCUGCAAGUUAACGCGCGCGCCAUUUUUCGCGUGUCUUCGCUGAUUGAGAGGAUGGAACAGGCUAAGAGAGAAGAAGUGAGGAGGAAGAAAGAGCAGAGUAGAAGUGGUAGAGUCGUAGAAUAGAGCACAGUACAAUAAUGUACAGUAGUAUGAAGUAUAUGAGUAAACACAAUAUAAGAGAGAAGAGUUAAUUUUUUAGGAGUGUAGCUGGGCUGAGCUUAGUAAAGAACUAUAAAGAACAUUACAGAUUCUUGUGUGGAAUAAAGUAACCUUAAAAAGUAACCUUAAAAUAUAACAACACAAAAAAGUAUCAAAGCCUUCAAGAAGACGAAGGUCUUCUUUUUUAUAUAUGAAAAAGCACGUUUAUAAACAGCACAUC